UGGAGUCACCAAUAGGGCCGAUGGGUCACCAAUAGGGCUGAUGGGUCACUAAUAGGGCCGUUGGGUCACCAAUAGGGCCGAUGGGUCACCAAUAGGGCCGUUGGGGUCAGUAAUUAGGCUGUUUGGGUCAUUGGGGCUGUUAAAGUCAUGGACCUGGAGCCGGUGGUUCUGGAGAUUAUGAGCUGGUUGUUCCAUCAAUUUGAGCAGCUGCUCUUUAGUUCCUCUCAUCAUUGCUCUCGGCGCUGAGCCUAGCGGUUUCUGUGGAACCCUGAGAUUCUCAGACCAACUAGAACUGGAAAACGAAUUCACCAACCAUUUUUAUCUGAACCGGUCCAACAUGUUCCAUUAAUCAAUCAAUGUAGUCAGACUAACUCUCCUCAUGCUAGCAUCUCUAUAUUUAAGCUAACAGCUGUUAGCUGCAUGCAUUUAAAUAGAUUUUAUUGUUGGUUGAAUUGUGGAAUGAUGGAGAUAAAUGAUUUUACAGGACGGAUGUUAAGCAGUGAUGAUGGGACCUUAACAAAUGGGAUGCAAACAUCGUCUCCCAAAUUUAUCCUCUGCUUCCCAAGCUGCAGCUCUCAUUUGCACAUCUCAGGAGCCAAUCAGAUUCGCCGUGAAAUGCGCCUCACACGGCUCCUUCUGUGGCAGCAUAAGCCAUCAGAGAGGGUGAAAACAAAGUGAGAGCAGGAGGCAAACAGACAGCGAGCAGAGCAGGGAACGCAGAGAGGCGGAGGGGGUCCGGAGGGCUGGAGCAGCGGAGGAGAGGAGGAGCUGGAAAAGCACCACAAGAGGCAGACAGCGCUCACAAAUGAGCAGCAAUCAGACGGAGGCAGCGACGGCAAACACACUGAGAUCCGGACCAGAACAGAACCGCUUCUGCAGGAACUUUAAGGUCUCUGAGCAUCAGCAGCACCGACACACAUUAAAUCAGCCGGGCGGACAGGAUGCUGCUGUAACUCAGAGCGGCGGCGCCGGCAGGACGGGACAGCAGAGCAUCGACUGGGAGCUUCCAAACUGGGAAACCAGUGGGUCAACUUCCUGGAUCCUAUCCGGUUUCCAGCUGAGCGAGUCCAGAACCAGAACCUCCCGAUUCUUCAGGCUGGACUGAGCUAAUGUUUGGGUUCUGAGCUCGACCAGAGAGAUUGGUGCACCUUCGUCAGGUCAAGAGUUUCCUGGUGAGAAUGAGAGACGGGAAACAGUCAGAGGUCUGAACGUCUCAGAACAUCGACUGGAGAUGAGAUGAAGCCCAGAGCGGGAGGAUGUGACCGGCUCUGACUCUGCUGUAAAGUUCAGUUUGCUGGAGGCAUCAUGCUAGCCGCCGUCCUGCAGGGGGCGCAGUGGCCAUUGGUGGUUCUGAUGGUGUGUGUGCGGCUGAGUGCGGUUCAGUGCGUCGCCUGCCCGCCCCGGUGCCUCUGCACGGCGGACAUCCUGAGCUGCCCGGCGCUGGACCUGGACCGGGUCCCCGCAGCGCUGCCGGCCUCCGCCGCCACCCUGGACUUGAGCCACAACCGGAUCCAGCAGCUGGAGCCCGGCGGCUUCCAGGGGCUGCUGCAGCUGGAGGUGCUACGGUUGGCCCACAACCAGCUGAGCGCCAUCCGGCCCGGCGCCUUCAGGAACUCCUCCGGACGCCUGAGACACCUGGACCUGUCGUCCAAUCAGCUGCUGGUCCUGAAGCAGAGCGACUUCCAGGAGCUGGCGGCGCUGGAGGAGCUGCUGCUGUUCAACAACAGGAUCAAGCAUGUGGAGAGCACUGCCCUGUCCGGACUGACCGGCCUCCGGAAGGCCUACCUCAGCCACAACCGCCUCACCGACUUCCCCUUCUUCAGCGUCCAGACAGGCGGCCUCCGGCAGCUGACCCUGCUGGACCUGUCCUCCAACCGGCUGCCCAAGCUGCCGCUGGCAGACAUCUCUGACCUGCCGCCGGCCCUGCAGGGGGGGCUCUAUCUGCACAACAACUCACUGGUGUGCGACUGCGCCAUGUUCGCCCUGUUCCGGCUGUGGGAGCAGAAAGGCUUCCCGUCCGUCCGGUUCUUCCGGCAGGAGCACGUCUGCCUGGUCGCUGGAGUCCAGCGAAGCGGCAUCCGCUUUUUCCUGCACCGGCGCUACUUCGAGCGCUGCAACGUGACGGCGGCGCCGCAGCAAGAGGCCAGUGUGUCAGUGAGGGCCGGGGUGCCGCUGCUGCUGCACUGCGUCACGUCAUUGACCGGCCACGGCGCCACCUUCUUCUGGCUCACGCCGCAGCUGGAGUAUCUGGCUCCGCCCGGGAACAACGGCUCCAUCAGGAUGUUCGCUAACGGCAGCCUGGUGAUGGUGGCGCCCCAAGAGCAGGACUCUGGGAUCUACGUGUGCGUGGCGCAGGGGAAGCGGCUGAACGACUCCCGGGAGGUCAACGUGACGGUGCUGCCGCGGCCGGCCACUGAUGCCGCAGAGCCCUUCAACACAGGCUUCACCACCCUGCUGGGCUGCGUGGUCAGCCUGCUGCUGGUCCUGGUCUACCUGUACCUGACGCCCUGCCGCUGCCCCCCCUGGCACAGGCCCCGCCCCCUGGCAGCCUCCGCCCAGAGCCACGGCAAGGAGGGCGGGGCGGGCAGCGCCCAGUCCUCCAUCCUCACGCCGACGCCGCCGGCGUCCACCGAGGGCCCCGGCCGCAAGGUCAGUAGCAACAAGCAUGUGGUGUUUCUGGAGCCAAUCAGAGAGCAGCAGAACGGCCGGCUGAGGGCGGAGCCUCAGCAGCGCGCAGGGGAGACGGACUCUUACAUGUCCGUCUUCUCCGACACGCCCAUCAUGUUGCCAUAGCGACAGGACUCAGAGAGAUGGCACAGCCCCUCACCACUUCCUCCCCAACACGCCCUCCCCUCACCAACAACAAGUGCAAUUCUGACCCUGAAUCCUGUUAGCUCAGGUCCGACCACUGAGCCCAGAACCGGCGCACUGUGACGGGUCAGAACCGGCCGAGUCCAGACCAAAGACAGAGCAUGAAACGCUGCGUCCCUUUAAGCACGGCCCGUCCCUUUAACUGCAGCAACGCCUUCCAGUACCAACCUGUUUUCUAGAGUUCUGUAGCUUCCUGGUUCUGUUCACCAAACCGACAUGUAGGGUCCGAUUAACCAGAACCAUCCAGAGGUUCUGAUUCCCUCCUCCACUCUGCCUGGUUUCUGUUUCUAUCUUCUCACUGCAUCCUCUGCACCUCGUCUGUAUCGCCUAAUAAACCUCCAAACCCAACCUGCCUGGUUUCUGUGUGUGUGUGUGUGUGUGUGUGUGUGUGUGCGUGCGUGUGUGUGUGUGUGUGUGUGUGUGUGUGUGUGUGUGUGCAUGCAGCCACAUUCUGCAUGUUCUGCCAGCAGCAGGUCUCUUCUUUCUCCCACACAAUUCACAGGUUUCCUCUGCUGCUGGUUCUGCAGCUUUAAAUCCUCAGUAACUCAGAGUCCCUUUAGAUGGU